UCCACCACCAAAACAACAUCAUCAGCAAAAAUGGGUCGAAUGCACUCCAAGGGAAAGGGUAUGUCCGCGUCCGCGCUCCCCUACCGAAGGUCCCAGCCUUCUUGGUCCAAGGCCACCCCCGAGGACGUCUGUGACCAGAUCUUCAAGCUCGCCCGACGAGGUCUCUCCCCCUCCCAGAUCGGUGUCAUCCUCCGUGACUCCCAGGGUAUCCCCCAGGUCAAGUCCGUUACCGGUAACAAGAUCUUGAGGAUCCUCAAGACCAACGGUCUCGCUCCUACCCUCCCCGAGGACCUCUACCACCUCAUUAAGAAGGCUGUCUCCGUCAGGAAGCACCUCGAGCGAAACAGGGGUGACAAGGACGCCAAGUUCCGAAUGAUUCUCAUCGAGUCCAGGAUCCACCGUCUUGCGCGAUACUACAUCAAGACCCAGCAGGUCCCCGCCAACUUCAAGUACGAGGCCGCUACCGCUUCCACCCUCGUCGCCUAAGCGCGCGAAGUGGUCCCUUUACUUGGUCUACUCGGCUCUGCCUUCACGGGUUAUUCCGAUGGUGUAUGUUGGGCUUUGGAUGAAUGUAUAUUCUACCUCUGCACACUGCAA